AUGGCCUCUCUAGGUAACCCAAAAAGUUGGGUUCCAUACAUGAACAGCAAAGACUGCUCUCAAGGGCUUUGUAGCUUGUAUUGUCCACAGUGGUGUUAUGUAAUCUACCCUCCUCCUCCUCCCUUUGAAUUUCCCGAGGAUGAUUCAAGUCCCAAUUUCUCACCUCUAGUUAUUGCUGUCAUUGGAGUCUUGGCCAGUGCUUUUCUUCUUGUGACUUACUAUACCUUAAUAUCCAAGUACUGUGGUAACAGAGAAUCUUCCCAAAGCGAAGACAACGAAGAAAACGUUGAAUUGGAAGAGGAUCACAACCCUUCACUCCACGAGCCGUGGCAUGCUCCAACCAUUGGGUUAGAUGAGGCUCUGAUCAAGUCCAUAACAGUUUGUAAGUACAAGAAAGGUGAUGGGUUGGUGGAGGUCACAGAUUGCCCCGUUUGUCUCAGCGAGUUUGACGAUGAUGAAAGUAUUAGACUCUUACCUAAAUGCAGCCAUGCUUUUCAUCUCCCUUGCAUUGAUACGUGGCUCAAAUCUCACUCUAGUUGCCCUCUAUGUCGUGCUAGCAUAUUCACUUUCAAUGCUGCAUCACUUUAUGUGGCUACCCCAGUCGCAGAAUUGGGCAGUGAAACUUCAGAAAACCAACAUGCAGAUGUAAAUGAUGUUGUUACUACAAGGGACAGUGAUGUGGACGCUGUGGAAGGAGAAGUCACACAUGGUGGAGCAGUUCCAAAGACAGCAUUGCGUGCUUUGAGUGAUCUAGGAAAUUUGAGGGGAAGGCAUAGUGUAAUCGAGAUUAGAGAUGAAGACUAUGAUUCCAUUAGAAGGACAGUUUCUAUGGACCAUUCAUUUCAAAGGGGUAGUGGUCUUUCAGUGGCUGAUGUCCUCCAUGUGAAUCAAGAGCAUGAAGGAUGUUCUAAUGGGGCUGGUCCUUCUAAGGGAUUAAGAAGUGAAAGUAGCAAGUCUAGCUAUAGAAGAAGGGUUUUGCAUUGUGUUUUGAGUCCAAUUGCAAUGAAGAGAUCAUUUUCUAGUGGAAGAUUCUCCCUUAGCAGAAAUGACAGAGGAAGGCAAUGGGUUCUGCCAGUCUGA